AAUCGUUUGGAUUCUUUUUUAAUAUCAUAAUCAAUGGAAUUCGGUCUUCCUGCUCCGGUGUCGUCGGAUUAGAUAUAUUCAUAGAGCUUAGUAGUGACAAUUACUGAUAGAUGGCAUAUAAAUCUGGUCUUUCUCACCAUUCCUACUGAUCAUUCAGCAGUCAAAAUGUUUCCAAAUACUUUUAUUGCAGGGCAAUUUGUCAUAGCCGUAGUAAUAUGCGGCUGUUUUAUUUUCAGAAAGCCUUUGACGGCUACAUGUAAUAGUAUUCUGUCCAAAACCCUCAAUGUGAGUGGCUGCACCGCCAUACAGCCAAGUGCUAUACAGCAGUCAUGCUAAACGAGACUGACUUUCUAAAUAGGCAUAUUUGUCAUACCGAUACCCAGUCAAGCACGUCGAGUUUGGACAUAGACUCCCAGGUUGUGAUUAUGAGUUCCCGAAUGGCCAGGGUGAUGGUGCAAAAUUCCUUCAUGGAAAAGAGAACAGUGAACUAUGGGAAUCAAAAUAUGGUUCUAUUUACCAGAUUUGGUCAGGCCAUAAACCAGAGAUGUGAGUGAACUUUCCAAUAUACAUUCGUACCAAGAAAUAAAAAGCCAGGUUCUGAUAUGGAUGAUAGUGUUCUCACUCAAGCCGCCGAUAUUCAAGCUGUUUUCAGUGAUUCGGAUAAACACUUCAAAGCCGUGAACAACAACUCCGGAUAUUUGCUGGGCCAAAUACUUGGCCAAUGUGUUGGGCUGAUCAGUGGCCAGCAAUGGAAGCGUGUCCGAUCCAUUGUAGAAAAGCCAUUUCACCGCAAUGUCACUCCAAGAUAUGUUCCAAUGAUAGAACAACGAACGGCUUCAUUCUUUCAAGAACUCUGGGACUCUAGAGACUUGUCACGUGGUCUUAUCGACCCUGCAGACGAUUUGAAACUUCUUCCAUUCUUGAUCGUGGCCGAAGUCGUUUACGGGAAGCUAGCUCCCGAUGUUGAAUCUGAGCUCCGUGCACUUGCUCCAAUCCGCGAAUCCUUCUUCAAGCACGUCAUCUCAGGCGGGCUUACUCGUUUCGACUGGUCAGCUUAUCUACCUACACAAGCCAAUAAAGACCUUGCAGCAUUUCGAGAGCGAUGGAUUGCAUUCAAUGAAUUUGCUUGUCGAAGAGCAAAAGAACAAGGUCUCAACGCCCCCAUCUUGGACUUAUUCGCCGCGAAAGAAAUGGGAGAAUUAACCGAGAAUGAAAUGCUGCACACCCUUGAUGAAAUGUUAUACGCCAAUCUUGAUGUCACAAUUGGCGGUGUGAGCUGGAAUCUUGUGUUUCUUGCAUCGGACAUAUCCGUGCAGAAUGAGUUGCGAGCAGAAUACCAAGCCGCCCAGAAAGAAGCCGACGAAAAUGGUUUGACGCUAGAGAAAUAUUUGUCGAGUAACACGACACUUCUCGCCGCUUGUGUGUCGGAAGCUUCUCGUCUACGGCCCCUUGCUGCAUUCUCGGUACCACAAAGUAUUCCCACACCAAGAGUUGUCGGAGGCUAUGAAUUUCCCGCCGGAACAAAUUUCGUAAUUGACUCAUAUGCUUUGAAUAUUCGUAACUCAUACUGGGGCGAAGAUAAAGCCAUAUAUCGUCCAAGUCGUUUCAUGGAGAGAACCGCAACACAGUCACGAUACAACUUUUGGAGAUUUGGAUUCGGUCCAAGGCAAUGUAUGGGAAAAUUUGUGGCGGAUAUUUUGAUAAGGAAUAUUUUGGUACAUUUGGUGAGAGAGUAUGAUCUGUCAUUAUUAAAAACCGAAGAGUGGCAGAGAAACCCUGAGAUUUGGAUUAAUCAUCCAGAUAUGAAGUUAAGGUGUGUAAAGAGAGAAGGAUAAAUGUGUGAUGUGGGCGGUUCGGUGAUUGGGCAGCUGAGUCGGAGCGAUGGCGUAUUUUCAUCUUACAAAGCCAUUUGAAUGUAUCUCUUCAAAUCAAAAUGUCUGUUGAAUGUCUCUUGAAAGUACCUUGAAUAUCUGAUUUUGAGAUGGUGGCGAUCAGAAGCCUUGGAUGAACAUAACUCGUCGUGACAUAAAAAAAACCAUCCUAAACGUAACAGACAAUAGUUGAA